GCAACAUCAUCAGAAACCUCCAUCUUACCCCGCCUCUUUCGGCAAGCCUGCAAACCAUGGACCAGGUGAUUCCGACAGUGUUCCAGAACUUGUGCAUCAUCAGCUGCUCCACCACCUUCCUUUGCGCGCCCUUGCACAACACUGUGAAGGGGGCGGUGUCCCAAGCGGAAGCGCAGGGCUGGAUUUCUAACUCCAGCGAGACCUGGUUGGCUGGACAUAGCCUCGGGGCCACCUGCGCCAACACCCUCUUCCAGGCCUACAGUUCAGCUUACUCUGGCCUCAUCGUCAUGGGUGGCUACGUGGAUGAGACGGGAGACCACGAUUUGCUGCACUACCCAGUGCCCGUCCUCACGCUGAACGUGGAGCUGGACGGCGGCCUCGCGCGCCCUGGGAAGAUCUCCACCUGGUGGCGCCAGUUCCUCACGCUGGGCAAGCUCGCACGAGCUGCGGACAAGUCAGCGGUGCGGACCAAGCCGGUGAUUGUCUUGCCCAAGCUGAACCACUCAGAUUUCUGCCCUGGCUUCGAUGUGCCUGGAGAUUUGCCCGCGGAGGUAUCCCAGGAGGAGGCCACACGCCUCAUUGCUAAGAGCGUUGCAGCCUUCCUGACUCUGCAUUUCCAUGCAGCAGGCGAGACAGAGGCAUUGAAAGUCCUGGAGAGCCAAGUGGAAUGGACACGGCAGCUGAUGACACCUUACUUGAAGGCGCAAAGCUGGGAGAGGGAUGCGGAGAACCACUCUGUGAGCAUGGAAGGCGCCAGCGCCUUGUGCGCCUUGGCGCAGCGCAAGCUCGCGCCUCUGGAGCCCGAGGAGGAACAGCGCCUGCAGGUCCUGGACGGCUUCCACGUGUCCUCACCCAACUUGGAGCAUUGCCACCCCAACUGGACGGCUCUUGCGGGCGACCAAUUGUUGGUGAGAUCCUGCAGCCACACCAACUACUAUACAGACAUCAGCAACACGGGGAAGUUCACCGCGGCCAAGGAGGUGGGCUGCAAGUUGCUGGCCGCUUCCCGCAUAGCGCAGCAACUGAAGACCACUGCGAAGCAAGAGCACGUGCCCUGCUCGGAGAUGAACAAGGUGGCGGUGCAGCUGGCAGAAGAGCUGGCGUCUCCCAGCACGUUGGCACGGUACAAGGCCCAGGGCCGCAAGUGGUGCUUUCUUCCGGACACAUUCUCCGUAGCCGGCCCCGUAUGGGUCUUCCAUGACGAGUUGCAGCUCAAAGAAAACGCCAGCUGCAUGAGCGUGCAGAGCCCGGCCAUGCUCACGGAGCUCAAUGCCCUGCUGUACCCGGGGAUACAUUACUGCAAGCUGCUCUCGCCUGCGCGAGUAUUGGAUUGGAUGAUGACGGACAGCCUGAAAGGACAUGCAGCGGAGGUCUUGGUCAUUUGAGCGCCAUUUGCUGCGAGGGCUCGCUUCGCAAGUCAAUUUGAUCAGCGGGACUUGACUGACUGAAGUUGGGGUUUGGGAGUGUGGAGUCUCCUUUGGAUC